AUGGCACUUUCCUGGCCUCGGUGUUGCAGAACGCACACUCUGGAAGUGCGGGCGCUUCUGCAGAGGCCGAGUCCGACUGAGACCCCUGCAACAGGCUCCUUCCCAGCUUUGCCAGUUCCAAUUUCUCCCAGUUCUCCCAGCGCAGCCCCGCUGUCUCUGGAAGAGAUGGAGGAGCUCGCCCAGCUGCAUGCAUCAAGUGAUGGCGAUGCCUGGCUAAUGCUCGUGGGUGGUGAACACGGAGGCAGGAUGCGCCCUGACUAUCAGGGCACAAGGCCUGGCCCUUACCUUGCUGGGCACUGCUCACUGCAGUGGGUGGGACAAGUGUACUCCAGACUUUUGCCUUUCUUCGGGAAGGAGCGUGUUAUCGUGAUUGCGCAGCUCCAAGAAACCUUGCAGUGGCUUACAGAAGCUAGCAGGGAUGCGGAGUCAGCAGAGAGGCUAGCCGGCCGAGCCUCGCUACUGCCCAUGCUGCAGCAGCAGCUGGCCGAAACUUUAGAGUCUUGCCGCGAGCUGCUGGUCAAUGGUGGUGCUCACUAUGACGGCCAGGAAGUCAACCCCGCCACAGUCCUGCGGGUACUUCGAGGUGAUGCUAGCGAGGCUCCCUCCAAGCCCGUUGUGCCAAGGCGAGGCGUCAAAAGCCUCCUGUUGAUUCUGAUUUCGCAUGGUCAUGCACAUCCUGCAGGACCAGAGACUCAACAUCACGAGUGGUACAUGCACUUGCCAUAUCCGGUUCCUGACAGCCAGGCCGAGCUGUACGAGGUGGUUUCUCACGAAGGUUUCCGAGACGUGGAUCCCCACCCCGACUGGGACUGGGGUUUUCCGAAGCACCGGUGGCGCCUGUACUCGCAGAUGCUGUUCCAGGCUUAUCACACCGUUCUAGAGCAGUCGCCGCGCCGGCGCUUGGUCGUCUUCCACCAGUUCUGCCUUUCGGGUGGUGCCGUGGAGUUCAUGCGCAGGCCCAGCUACAGGCGCUACUUCGGAACGCGCUAUUGGCCAGUGUUUGCAGUCACCACAGCAGGGUGCUUUGAGCCUGCCUUGGGCAGCUUUGUGGGAAUUUGGAGCGAAGAGCUCCAGAAGGGUCUUCAGGCAGGAGGCCAGCAGACUCUGCAGGAGUUGCAAGGGCGUGCAGAGGAGAGGUACUGGGACGACAACUCAGGGCUCAAGCGGGAGAAUGACCGCAUUCUUGCGUCGCGUGAGGACACGAAAGACGAUGCGUCGCCGGUGGACGGUACCGUUGGCUCCGUAGGGUGCGAGUCAGGCUUUGAUGGUAGGACUGGGCAAGACAUGGCUGCGCUAGCCGUCUCCGAGCUGGAGCAGGUGAGAAUCCUGUUGCAGGACGGAGAACAUCCAGAGGCAUCCGAGGGCCGGGCAGCGAGCCCGCAAAAUCAGGGAAGCCUCCGAAGGGCCAUCUUCAAGGCUGAGCAGAUGUUUCUGGGAUCCUUGGAGGGCUCUGAGGCGGUGCAGCAAGACGCCGCGCAGCAGCUGUUGCAGAACAUUUCGUCAAGCGCAGAGGCAUUUAUUGUGUUCGACACGCGCAGUGCCCGGGACUGCGCGCUGGCAGCUCUGCCAGAGACAUUUCAGUUUCGAGGGGCUCCUGUCAGUCUAUCCGCAGCCAAGCACGAGCCCCGAGGCAUCUAUUGGCAGAAUUACAGCAGAACCUCUGUCUACCUGAAGUGCUGGAAGAUCUUCAAAGGUCUUUGCUGCAUUGCCGCUGGUUUGAUCACUUGGGGAUGCAUUUUCUACUUGCCCUACGCCUGGUCUGUGCUCACCUUCAAUUAUGAGGGGGGCCGACAGCCCGGGCUCAUCUACAACCUCAGCUUCUCUUUGAUCGUCGUGGUCGGCAAUGCUUCCAUGUACGAGAUCUGCGCCCGAGUUGCUGACAGCGUAGGUUUCAAGUACAAAGAGACGCGCGAAGCUUGCUACAUGAUUCUGUAUUUCGUUUCGGUGUCUCUCAACAUAAUUCUCGACCUGGUGAUGACAUACCAGAUGUCUUUUGAAAUUAUGGUCCACAUGGGCUUCCGGACGCACGAUGGCACGCCUCUUUCCAAGCUUCCUUUCUUUGUGCAGCGCUUUGAGGCUUAUGCGAUCCAACGAGCGAUGGGCCAGAAUGUGUACGAAUAUGCAUUCCCUUCAACGUUUCUCUUGCCAUUUGUUUUCGAGCCGCUCUUGACAAUUUAUGGCCUCCUCCGUGCUGGCAUCCUCAUCGUGCGAUCGCACCCUGAGAUGAGUCCAGUGUUGGCGACGAAGCUGCUUUCAGCGCACGAUUUUGAAUUCGGACGCUAUGCGGACUCGCUCUUGAACGUAUUGCUCGCAGUGAUGAUCUUCUUCUUCCCAGGUGGAUACACUCACUGGAUCUUCUUCAUGUUGGCCAUCUGCCAGGCCUACAUCUACCUGCUCGACCACUGGCGAAUAUUGCGUGUUGUUCCUGCCGCAACCUUCGCAUCGAUGCAGGUGGACUGGUGGUGUCAGGCUAUGUUAGCUCCAAGCUGCGGUUUGCUUGCGGCUUGCGUCGUCUUCAAGGGCAACUGUCAACACAUGGGCUAUUGCCUCGAGUCGGAACAGCUUCUGAUGGCGUGCCUUGCAGCUGCUGUGCUCCACACGGUCGUGCAUAUUUUGCUGCUCAUCUUUCUGGUUCCGAGCUUGGCAAAACCAAGCAUGACCGUGAGCAGAGGCUCCGAAGGACCACGUUACGAAGAGGUUGCGGCCACUGAGCCGUGUACCUGGUUUUCGGCGAACCCGGUCCACUGCUUACGCUCCAAGUACCUCCAUGGCGAUGUGCCGCCGUGCAGUUUCUUUGUGCCCGGACAGGCGGGUGAAGUUCUGGAAACAGGGGCAUAG